CUUGACUGGAGUUCUGCAAAUCUGUUCAUCAGCGACCUGAGAUAUGAAGACAGCGGAUUGUAUGACCUGGAAAUAUUAAUUAACAACCAACAUAUGACCAAAAGAUAUAAACUGAUAGUCAUUGACAAAGUCACCAAGCCUACCAUAUCCUGUGAAAUAAACAAUGCAAGCACCUCUGAGUCAACAGGGAAGGCGACUCUGCUCUGCUCUUUACCAACCCAUUCUGAUCAGUCCUCACUGGAGUUUCAGUGGAGCACAAAUGGACAGAUUAAUCGUGGACACAUGUUGAAGAUUUCCCUUGGAGGGGAAGUUGAUGAUCAUCAGUACAACUGUACUGUAAAGAACCAACUCACUGAGGAAUCAGCAGUGUUCACUGCUAAGGACUGCUACCCUGAGCCAAAGGCUCAAGCCGGACUGAUUGCUGGUGUUGUUGUGCUUGUUGUUCUACUGCUGAUUAUACUGCUGUUGUUCUUCAUUUGUCUUAAAAAAGUACGCUCAAAGAAGUCUGAUUUGGAAAGUCACUCAAAACCUGGAUAUCUAAACGUAGCAGCAUCUGGAAGUGAGGAAACCCGGGUUCUUCUGGACAGAGCACCUACAUUUCCCUCUAAACAAACUCUUGAACACCUAAAGCAAAUAAAUGACGCCCCGUUGAAUCCUCCCCAUAAAGAUGAGGCUCUUAUGAAGGAGCUGAGGAAAAGCAUUCGCCUACGUUCAUCCUCAGAUUCAGAGAAGCCAUACGAUUUUCCGGUUAAACAACGUUGCAAGUUCUUUGAGAAGGAGAAUGGAAAAGCUAAUGAAGCUGAGCCCAGAAAGGUUGUGCAGGAAGAAGUCUUGGAGAACAACCCCUCAGAUUCUGAGGCUAUGAAUCCUGAACUAACAGCUUUGUCAUCUGAACGUAUACAAAAAGCGACUGAAAAUACAAACCUGAAAGUUAUCAAGAAGCAAGGUUUAUACGACCCUGCUGAUUCUGGAAAUCCAGAUGAGGUGUCAAAUGAUCAGAAUUCGGGAAGAAAGAAAGAGGAGAAUGAGUUUGAAAAAUCAACCCCUGAAAAUGAUGUUCAGCCACCGCCUGUUGCCAAGGAGAGUUCUCCUUUGAGCCAAAACUCUCCAGAGAGCGCACCAGAGGCUGAACGUAAACAAGACAUCAACCCAGAUGAGUGUGCAAAGAAAAGUAAUGGAGAAUCUUCAUCAUCAUCCUCAGAAGAAUCAGAAAACGAGGAGCAAGCUCCACCCGCUUCCACUGCCAAAGAGACUGAUUCAGAAACGACAGUGGAGGAACAAAAGCCUCUCUGAAACAGCAUCUGAAAUGGAGACCCUACAAAAUAAAUGACCAACACCACCCAAACUAAUACAGCAAAUAUCGGUCUCCCCCUUCUCACAGAACAAACUCAAGACCAAAAAAUAGACAAGAUUUCUGAGAGUAGCCUGAUCUAGAAAAUACAGUCUCAGAGGAAGAAGAAAAGAACAAGAGCUGACGUAGCGCUACAAUCUGCUGAAGGCGAAGAUUAACCUACGCAGACAAAAAUAUAAAAUAAGAGCUUCAGUGAGAACAAAGAUGGGCAAACUGUUGGAGCUCCACAUUAUCUGCUGCCUCUCAGGCAACAUGACAAAUGGGCACAAUUCCAAGAGAAACCAACGAAUAAAGAAGAGAGAUGGAAAGGAGCAAAGACCAAGAUAAAAAGUAACAAGGAGUUUUAUUCUGAGAUAGUCAAGUUGAGGUAUUUAUGAUAAGCUGAAGAAAGAUGGGUGCUCCAUCUUUUUCUAAAUAUGAACUUGCAUUGACAAGCAUCAACCACAAGCUACACAGUAUGUUUCGAGGAAUUUUUAGUGAUGGAUCAAGACAAAGUGCACAAUUUCUUAAUCAGAAGGAAAACAAUACAAAGUCUUUUUUUUCGAGAAUGAAAAAUUUAAUGUGCAGCGUGCAUAUAACUUCAUCCCCCUGAUGAUAUAGUUUCAUAGAAUCAUCUUUUGCUUUGUGCAGCAGUACACUGAAAUGUUUCUCAUUCUGGUUUUCAAAAGCUCAAGGUCAUUCAGUUUCAGUUCAGUUAAGAAGACAUAUUUAAGUCUUCUUAAUAACAUUUAGGUUGAUUCCACUGUAACUUCCUGUUGGGAGAUGAAUCUCUGCCCCGUGUCCAUCCCUUUACGUCCUCUAUGUUUAUUUUUACUUAUUUUCCCAAUAACUUGAGCAGCAUCUUGUCUUGUAAAAAGUUUCCACAAAUCAUGUUUAGGGUGUAGUGUGUUUUUGCUUUAAAAAUUCAAAUUGCAGCAUGCAAGUUAAUAAUAGCUAAUUUAAAGUUAUUGAUUGUACACAUGAUAAUAUAAAAUUUAUGGUUGUAAAUGCUAUACUUCCUGUAGUUCAACACACACAUUUGAGGAAAUGUAUAUAUUUUUGUACAUUUAAAAUCUUAGUGAUCUUUUCACUGAUAAUUA